AUGACGGUCGACCAUAAGCAGGGUGUAGAUACCAACGAGUCGUCGUCCGUCUCGUCGGAAAAGAUCGUCGAUGACUCGCAGUCAGAUGUCUUGCGAGCAGCAGGAAUUGGUAUCCAAGAGGAUGACCCGACGGAGCCUGUCCUGACACUGCGCAUGUGGCUUCUAGGAAUUGCGUUCUGUCUCGUUGCCAGUGGUCUGAACACGCUGUAUACGCUUCGAGUUCCCUCCAUCACGAUCUCGGCUUCUGUCGUUCUCUUGCUGACUUAUCCUCUUGGUAAAUUAUGGGAGAAGGAACACAUCCUCAUCUACAUCAUGUCCAACCUCAGCAUCUACGUCCGUCUCGGUGCCGACGUCUUGACCGAACAAGAGAUGUUUUACGGGCUCAAGACCGGCUGGGGGUUUAAGAUCUUAAUUACAAUGGGGACAUUUCUCACGGGCUUUUGUCUUGCGGGUCUUUUCCGUUCGGUCGUCGUCAUUCCUACGGAGCUCAUCUGGCCCGGAGUCUUGAGUACAACUUCAUUAACAACGACCCUUCAUCACGUCGGCCGGGGCGACCAAUUCGCAAGUACAUGGAAGAUCUCACGAUAUGCCUUUUUCAGCGUCGUAUUUUGCCUUUCGUUCUGCUGGUACUGGCUCCCAGACUUCCUCUUCCCGGCUCUAGGUUACUUCACCUUCCCGUGUUGGAUCAAUCCGAAGAGUAAGAUUGUAAACCAAAUCUUCGGAAUGAAAACCGGCAUGGGGUUGUUACCUUUGACAUUUGACUGGAGUCAAAUCUCAUACGUUGGCUCGCCUCUCUUGAUUCCGUCCUGGGCCAUUGUAAACGUCUUUAUUGGCUUGGUGUUUUGGAUUUGGAUCGUGGCGGUAGCCUGUUAUUAUACCAAUGUCUGGUUUUCUGGGUAUUUACCUUUCCAAAGCUCGUCCAUUUACGACAACACUGGAGGAAAGUACAAAGUAGCCAAGGUCGUCAGCGCAGCUACUAAUUAUAAACUGGAUGUGGAGAAAUACCUUGCUUACUCCCCCGUCUACAUGCCUAUUGUCUACUCAUUGAACUCGUUCGGCCUGUCUUUUGCAACGCUAAGCUCACUGCUCGUCUGGGUGAUCCUCGAGAAACGCCAUGUCUUGGCCUCCGCAGCACGCAACCUUCCUAAACUUUUAACUCAAUCAUGGAAACGAGAUACAUCCGAGGAGAGGACAGAUAGUGCCGACGUGCCUAUGUGGUGGUAUCUGAUUGCUUCCAUUCUCGCCUUUUUUAUGACCAUCUUCGCCGUCGAGUGGUGGGAAACCGAGCUACGAUGGUAUGGUGUUCUUCUGGCUUGGGCUGUCGCACUGGUGUUUUUCGGUCCGCUCGCCCUGGUCUAUGGCUCCUCUAGUCUUAAGAUCAAGAUCGAUAUCUUCUGCCGCAUCGUCGCGGGAUUCGUCUUUGAGGGUAAAGUCCUCGCCAAUAUCUGGUUUUUCGACCUCGGCUACAUCAGCACCAUCAAGGGAUUAUGGUUUGCCGAGGACAUGAAACUAGCUCAAUACUGCAACAUCCCCCCUCGCAGCCUCUUCCUCGUCCAAUGCGUCGGCAUGAUCGCCGGGACACUCAGCUCGGCCAGCGUACUCACCUGGGCGCUCGGGCAUAUCGAAGGUGCCUGCACUUCUGACGCCCUCAACGGCUUCUCCUGUCCCUUCUCUCGCACCCACUUCAACACCAGUCUGAUCUGGGGCGCCAUCGGCCCUCGCCGCUACUUCAGGAGCCAGGUGGGCUACUCCGCUCUACUGUACUUUUUCAUCAUAGGCGCCGUGCUCCCCAUUCCUGUCUUCUUGCUCAAACGCCGGUAUCCCAACUCUCUCUGGCGUCGCGUGCACAUCCCCCUGUUCCUCGGCGGACUGAACUAUCUCCCUCCGGCGACGGGAACGAACUACGGCAGUUGGGCGCUCGUGGGAUUGGCCUUUGGAUGGGGUUUGAGAAGGAAGGUGUACGGGUGGUGGUUCAAGUAUAACUUCGUUCUGAGUGCAGCACUGGAUUCUUCGGUUUCCAUUGCAGGAGUCGUGAUCUUCUUUGCGAUCUUUUAUAGCGGGGCGUCGAAAGGAUUCAGUUGGUGGGGAAUGGAAGUUCAUAAGAAUACUUGUGACUGGAAUGGAUGUGCGCAUUUGGAUGUUCCCGAAGGGGGUACAUUUGGUGUUUAG